UGAAUUAAUAUAAAUGAAUGUGCUUCUCUGUGACCGUGUGACUAUGUUGCGCAUUACUCAAAGUCUUGAGUCUACCGAGCUCCGCGAGUUGUCAGAUUGGAACAGCGAGAGGCCCGGCAGAACUAGCAGCGAUGGAAAUGGAAGCACAACAACAAACGGCUCUGCUUCCCGAGAGUCGCCAUCAAUGCCAGUUCAACCCUCCCCAGGACCUACAAUCAGAAUUCUCGGUUUCCCAGUCUUUCGAUGCAUCGAGAACACAUUCUAAAGAGGCUUCGCUACCAUGGAGACCCUUCUACUUACGACGAUCUGUUCUUUGUGGUUUUACUCUUCUUUUCAUUCUCAUCGUCGUCGCUGUCGAAACUCUGCUCGCUAUAUCUAAUAAGAAUAAAGGAAUAGCCAGUAGCACGUCUAACCUACAUUAUCUAUGGACAUACGGUCCGACAGCCUUCCUCACAGUACUUGCUGCAAUAUGGGCUCGCACUGAGCACCAGAGCAAACUGGUAGCACCAUGGGUUCGCCUUUCGCAGAAUCGUCAAUCCAAGAACCUAGCGCCUGCCUCUCGGACACUGUUACUAGACUACGUGUCUCAGUUCUCGCUAAUUGCCAUUUUCACGUCACUUCGUAAUAGAGACUUCAUUGUUUUCAUUACUAUUGCGGUAUCGUCCAUCAUUAAAGUCAUGAUCGCCUUGUCAACCGGCUUGAUCUUUCUCAAUUCAACCAUCGUCACUUAUGAUUCGUAUUCACUCCUGCUCGAAAGUAAAUUUGUCAAUAACAACGCCAGACUCUCCACAUCAACCACCAAAAUCACCCCCUACAUUUUGACAGGCUUAAGUGAGCGCAAUUUGACGUUUCCUGAAGGCAUUUCUAAGGAAUACGCGUUUCAGUCCUUGAAAACAGACGUACCCAACAAUGUACUAGAGACGCGAGUGAUCACCGACGGGCUGAGAACUUCACUUCAUUGCGAGGCUGCCGAACUUGCUUUAUCAGAGCCUCAGCUACCGUACGGUCGCUUGAACGUCACUAUCUCAUCUGCCGACUGUAAUAUCAAACGGGUGUCUAUUGACAGACUUGACUUGAAUGAAGGUGAAUCAAUAUUGUUCGCGAGAUUCAGCCCUGUCCAAUGUGACGCAGUUGGAGGCGACGAUGGCAGGCGGCUUCUAGUCGCUUUUGGAAAUCUAACCUACGUUCCGACACUGCCUCACUCUCGUUACAUACCGACAAACACCACGGGCGUGAUGCUUCAAAGAUCGACGCAGUUACUCUGCGUGCCAAGCUACGCGAUCAACAAGGUAGAAGUCGUCCACAAUCACACAGACAUGAAGAGCAUAAUGCCUGUACGAGGUGCACCCAGUCGCACGCUUGAGUCCGUCACCGCAUGGAAUUUGGCGGAUGCCCAAUUCGUAACUGCCGCGUCCCGAUUCUCAGCAUCUGUUAUAAGGGCCUCCAUGGUCGAAGUACACGCGGAUCCACCCAUGAUCCAGGCCCUUAAAAACUUCCUACCGUCGGGAUUGAACGUCACAACUCUUUUCGACUCAGUCAAACUGCAUCAGGUUUCCGAAGAAUAUUACCGUCAAAUUACUGCAGUCAUUUCCAAGCAAGCUCUGAUGGAGCCGGCGGUAGAACAUGUCUUAGGUUCUGCCACGCUCAGUGAGAAUCGCCUCACUAUACGUGCUUCGGUUGCCCAAUCACUAGUAGGGCUAGCUGCUGCCUGUAUUCUCCUCAUUGGCAUUGCUUCUUUUGCUGUUCCUAGUGAAGGGCUUCUGCCGUGCAACCCAAGCUCAUUGCUCUCUUCAAUUUUGCUUUUUCGGCAUAGUCACGACUUGAUAGCUCGUUUGCGUGAUUCCGGAGCAUCCGACGACGAUCACCUUCGUCAAUGGCUUAGGAUAUCUACAUUUAGAUCAGAGCCGAGACACGACGUUGUCAGCGGACAAGUCCAUUUCUGUGUGAAUGAAAACAUGAAAGACAAUGAUCAAAGCGAGAAGCAUCGCCCCUUUCCCCAAGCCAGCUCGAAAUUCUACCAUCCUAUCAUUCUCCACCCUGCAUCGCGCUUAGCACUCUGUUCAGUUGUCGUUGGGCUGAUCGUUGUUCUAGAGCUGCUAUUACGCAAGUCUAAUCUGGAAGAUGGUCUUGGAGACGUCAAGGAUGAUAGCAAUCCCUAUUUACACUACACUUGGACCACGCUUCCAGCAGUCGUUUUUGGGGCUUUAUCAAUGGCAUAUUCAGCUAUAGACUUUCAAGUCCGGACGCUGGCACCUUACGUCGCUCUGAAAGGGUAUGUUUCGAAGGAAAGGUUUACGCAACUCGAGCUUCUGGAUAUGGCUAUUCCCACUGCCAUUUAUAAAGAAUUCAAGUUGAGAAACCCCUGGGCUCUUGCCACAACUACAGCCAUCCUCUUUGCUUCCUUAUUCGCCACCUUGUCGGCAUCUCUUUUCCAAGAACUUCCUCUACCUACCGCGGCGCCAAUGAUGCUUCAGGCCAAUCAAUCCAUAUAUGUGAAGAACCAAUAUAUCGAUUUUACAGCCGCCGAGAUAUCAUCAUUGAUCCUCGGCAGCAACUUCACUUUCCCAAGCUUUACGUACAAUGAUCUGGCUUUUCCUCAAUUUGUGACAAUUUCGAAUCAGUCUGAGUCUAAUGCUCACCUCAAUACUUCAGCUAUUUCUAUAUCAGCUGUGCUCCCUGCCUUGCGCCCCCGCAUGGGUUGCCGCUUCCAUGAACAAGCCGCCAUUCACACCAAUCUCACCCUAGGUUACGACAUUAAGAACGACAUCAACAACCCCCUUGAGAUAACUGUUGACGGGGAGGCUUGCGAGUUCCGAAUUUAUGAGCCUCUGGAAGGCCCCAGCGCUCGGAUCGAUACUUAUUCUAACGCGACAUACUUUGGCACAGUUUCCAAUAGUGAUUGGGCCCAUGAUACCGUUCUAACGUGCAGUAACUUCCUCUACAUAUGGGGGAAGCUCGACUACCACGCCGAUCCACCGGUUCAACAUGUUGAAGCUCUGGGUUGCAACGUGACACUCGAAGCCGUCGAUGUCAACACCACCUUCUCGGGCACCGAUCUCCAGAUCGAUCCCCAAAACUCGCCGCAACCAUUGAACGACACGGUGCGAAGCGCAACACUCGACGCCUGGGCCACUUUCGUAGGCGACAUCAGUACCUCAGUGUAUCGAGAUAUCGCACCAAUCGACGUUACUCCACAGGUUCUAGACCAGUUCUUUUCUCCCCUCGUCACUUCUCCUUGGGCUGUACCCAUCUCAAGCCUGGGCGACCCUUCUUCAAGCGAGAGUAUCGCAGAAGCUAUCAAGCUUCAGCAAGGGAUCAUCAUAGCACAGGUUCUCGCACAGAUACGCGUUCCCGCAAACGAGACAAACGUGACCCUUGCAGAGCCAAGGGGCCCCGAUGACAAUGACGCCCGGCCUGUCUAUCUCGCGACUGCGACGUAUCCUGCGGCCCGGCGUCGUGUCGUCCAGGAUGCCGUGGCCACCCACGUCCUGGUAGCGCUGCUAGCCACGACACUCGUACUAUUCAUCGCAGGCUGGAUCGGCAAUCCAAACACAAAUGUUCUGCCACGUAGCCCUACGACCAUUGCGUCCACUGCGGCGCUACUAGCAGGCGGCAAUAUAUACGCCCAUUUGCCAGCUGACGCGCAAUCUCCGAAAGACAUCGCCGCGGCACUAGGGGGUCCAAAGUCGCGCUUCUGGAUGGGAUGGGGCAACCUGCCUGAUGAAGAGGGAAGGUUACAAGGCGGGGAGAACGAAGCUCGGGUUAGCCAGUUUGGGAUUUUCAUAGUGGAUGAAGAGGAAUAUGGAAAGAAUGGUAGGUGGUAGAUAGGCACGCGCGCUUAGACAUGUUUAGAAGCGGCUAUGAGGGUACACUCACACGAACACAUUGAUACCCAUAGAAUAAUAUUCCCUUUUACUGUAGUUCGAUCUUGAUUCUCAAUAACUACUGCCCGUCGUAUGGAUAUUGUGAGCUCAAAGUACAAAUUUGAAUACUAAAUCUCGU